AUGCCACCUGAUACUUCCACACCUGCCCCCCAACUACAGCACACAUUGAAGAAUCAGGCUGCCAUCAGUGAUACACGACCAAGGAAUAACUUCUCAGACAGUCUUCCUCACUUUGAGGGACCUCGGUCAAGCUCUACCAAUCCUGAAUCCAUGGAGAUCACUGUGACGGUGAACAACUGUUCCAAAUGCGAGGAAAGCUUCACCAGCAACGAGGAACUUCUGCAGCACAAACAUGAGGAGAUCCAUCAGACCAAAACCUACACUUGCUCAGAAUGCGGAAGGUGUUUCACCAGUUCCAUUGGCCUCACAGUCCACCAGAAGACCCACAAGGUUGACUACCCCAAGUGCAGCUUUGAGUGUGGUAAGGUAUUCGAGGUCAAGCAAAGCCUCAAGGAGCAUGAGUCUUUACACGAGAGUACGAGGACCUACGAGUGCCGGCAGUGUGGGAAAUGUUUCAUGAGUGACUCCGAACUUUCUAAGCACCAGCUGACCCACACGGUGUCCCAAGCCUUUAUCUGCUCUGUCUGUGGCAAGUGUUUCUUCACAGAGUCGGAUCUUGGCGAUCACAUGGAGGGCCACUUCAAUGAGAACCCCUACACAUGCGCGGAGUGUGGAAGGAACUUCCUAAGCAAGUCGGGCCUUGUCACCCACCAAAAAACCCACUCAAACGACGAGCUCUUCUCCUGCACUGAGUGCGGGGAGGUUUUCGACGGCAAGGACAUCUUUCUGCAGCACCAGCAAAGCCAUUCGAGCGCCAACCAGUACGCCUGCCCAGAAUGCGGGAAGUUUUUCAACCGAAAGUCAAGCCUGUCCUUGCACCACAGGGUCAUCCACCAGGGCAACGUCCUCUACGCUUGCCCAGACUGCGGCAAGGGCUUCAGCUGCCAUUCAGAGUUGGCCCGGCACAUUCGGGUUCACACGGGGGAGCAGCCGUACUCCUGCACGGAAUGCGGCAAAUGCUUUUCCUUCAAGUCAGCCCUCGUCCGACACCAGAGGAUUCACAGCGGCAACAGACCUUACGUCUGCCCCGUUGUGGGAAAAAACUUCACCAGCAAAUCCAACCUUGCCAAGCACCAAAAAAUUCACACCGGGGAAAAACCCUACUCUUGUCUAGAGUGCGGCAAGUGCUUCCGAGAGAAGCACUACCUCGCCUCACACCAAGCCGUUCACAGGGGGUCACAGUUGAUCGUGUGCCCCCAGUGUGGCAAAGGUUAUACAUCAAAGUCAAACCUUGCCAAGCACCAGCGAAUCCACACGGGGCAGAAACCCUUCGGCUGCUCAAUCUGCGGCAAGUCCUUCAACCAGCGCUCUGUGCUUCUUGCGCACCAGCGGACGCACACCGGGGAGAAACCAUUCUCAUGUAACCUGUGUGCACAACGGUUUACUGACAAACUGCAACUGGUGCGUCACCAAGCCACACACUCAGAAGAGAAACCAUUUUGCUGCAAUGAGUGUGGCAGAAGUUUUAUCCGGAAGGACCUCCUUAUCAAGCACCUGGCCGCCCACUCAGUGGACGAUUUAGCUGAUUAA